AUGUCAUGUGGUGAAGAAGCCAUUUUGGUCAUUUUGGUUGGCUUGAGAAAGAAGGUGAGAUCCAGAGACUGGGCAUUGGCGUCUGUUUAUAAGUCAACGAUCCACAACUGGUGGAUCCGGGAAUGCCUGCGAUGGACACGGCUAGUGGUUCGUUGGUCGCUCGCACAAUCUCCAGAAAUGGAGAUCACCGAAGGCAACCAAGAAGACCGUGCCCAUACAGGAACCACUCUUGGGGAUAUUGACGUCAAGGUUACUGGUAUACGUGCUGAUUUUGUCGCUUGCGGACAUACCGGCUACGGUGGAAUCAAGAUGUUUGAUGAAGAAGAAGCUGAAAGAGAGAGGAUCAGCUUUUUACUUUGUCGGAUCUUUCAUGGUCUACAGCCGAAUUUUGGCAUUGUAGAGCGAGAGGGGUACAAAGUCCUUGAUUGGCACUUAGAUGAGCCUCUCGGGGAAUUUGGCUAG